CUGUCACACAACACUGCCGACAAACGACACAAACAAAAAGUUUUCCAGCUUCAAUUGUUUACUUUCCGAUUGGAUUAUUUUUGUUUUAGCAACUAAUGAUUACCACUGUGGCUUUGCCUGUGCGAUUAGAUAAGAAAUAAGGUGAUAAGUAUUGCUUUUAAGUGGGUAAUUGACAAUCUAUAGAGCUGUCUGUGAUUCAGUAGCUGCAUUGACACGUACGACGGAAAGUGCUGCAUCGGCUAGAUUAGCGACAUUAGAAUACUAGAAUUAUAAAAAAUAUGUGUGUGAUAUUUAUCUAUGUGAACUCAAAUCCAAACCCUGGUGGAUACAAACUUAUAUUAGCCUCUAAUCGAGAUGAAUUCUAUGCGCGCGAUACACAGGAUGCAGCAAAGUGGGCUAAUGCAGAGCAUGUUUAUGGAGGCAUUGACUUAGAGCCUGGGCGUGAAGGUGGCACUUGGCUGGCAAUUGGUGGCCAUGGCGGCGUAUUCAAAGUAGGAGCGCUACUUAAUUUGACAGGAGAGCCUAAACCGAGGAAUGCUGUGGUUAAUGGCGAAUGUGUAGCUAAAAACCAUAAUAUAAUAUACCCCAAUCAUAACGACUAUAAGGCUGACACAACAAGAAUCAUCAAGCCUGCAGACACAUCUUCUUUACUACACAAUGAACAUUUUUUGCUAGGCCGAGGUAUGAUUGUUUCGAAUUUUGCUGCCUCUAAGGAUGAUUGCAACAUACAAGGUUACAAUAGCGAACUGUUGAGCGAGUGUACAAAGUACAGCGCUUUUAAUUUUGUUUCAAUCGAAAUCGGCUCAAAAGCACCAGCGAAUAUCCUGUUGCUGAGCAAUACACCACCUGGUUUGGAACAUUUCGCUGAGGCUAAAUGCUAUGGGUUCGGCAACAGUCUAGCUUCGGCACCGUUUCAAAAGGUUAUCAAUGGUCGUCAACGCUUUCAGAACAUUGUAGAGGAUUUUCACAGUAAGCUGGCAACAGCACCAACUGAGGCUAUGCAUAACAUGCAAGCAGAUCUUGUCACAAAUUUAAAGAAUUUACUAAAAUGUGAACACAAGUUUUGGCCAGAUGCAGAGCUGGCACGACGCGCACCCAAUUGGGGUGAAUAUUUGAGUGCAUUGAACGUAAGCGUGCCAUCCGCUGGGUACGGCAGUCGUACACACACAGUUAUACUUAUUGAUGGACAAAAUAAAAUGCAUUUUUACGAAGACACAAUGGCUGGACCCGAUCCCAAGGGCGAGUGGCGGCAAACACAUAUUGAAAAACAAUACUUUCAAAACGAAAACUCAACAACACAACUAUUUGAGUGCUCAAAAAUUUGAAUGUACCCAAAUCGUAUGAAAAAUUUUGUUGAUUGGGUGCUAAUACCCAAAAGCCUCAGAAUAUAAGCUUUUAAACUCAGGUGAACUGACUAAAGUAUUUUUAACUUACAUAAAUUGUAUAAGCUAACUAAAAAAUAAAAUCAUUAAACAUAGAGGCUA